GAUCCGGCUUCCGCGGUGUGAUCUCCAGACAGGAAAUCUGAGAUUCACAGCUUCUUAUGGUUUGGCUUGUCAUCACAGGUCAUGCGAUGGGCCCGAAAUAAACUCCCUGCUUCAAAGCAGAGCGUUGCAGAGCCGCCUGGCACAGCAGCCAGCGAGCAGCUCAGGGCCAGGCAGAGGAGCGCUCCGGGAGCAUGCUCUGAACUCAGACGCUCGCCAGAGAACCCUUUGCAUUCUCCCGGAACUGUACCCCUGGGUCCGAGCCCAACAGGGUUUUCUCCCUUGCCGUUCGCUCCUCCCUGCCGAGGGGCCGUUCUGGAAGCCAGGGCGCGAGGAGGAAGAAGAUGGCGACAGAGAUCCGCGCCCGGGGCCGGCAGCGCGCCAUCGGGCAGGAGGAAUACAGCCUGUACAGCAGCCUGAGCGAGGAGGAGUUGGUCCAGAUGGCCAUUGAGCAGAGCCUGGCCGACAAGGCCUGCGGCCCAGCCACUCCCGAGGCCGCCGGCUCCACUCGUGCCAACCGCCAAGCUGCCCACUGCUACCCCAGGACCAGGUCCACCGCGCCUCCCCAGAGCCCGCCGGCCGCGGCCCCAGCCCCGGCCCCCAUGGGCUUGUUCCAAGGGGUCCUGCAGAAAUACAGCAGCAGCUUGUUCAAGACCUCGCAGCCAGUGGCCGUGGACCCCAUGCUGAAGGCCAUCAAGGACGGCGACGACGAGGCCUUGAAGGCCAUGAUCAAGGAAGGGAAGAACCUCGCAGAGCCCAACAAGGAGGGCUGGCUGCCGCUGCACGAGGCCGCCUACUACGGCCAGCUGGGCUGCCUGAAGCUCCUACAGCGGGAAUACCCCGGGACCAUUGACCAGCGCACCCUGCAGGAGGAAACAGCUCUCUACCUGGCGACAUGCAGGGGACACCUGGACUGCGUCCUCUCGCUGCUCCAGGCGGGGGCGGAGCCUGACAUCUCCAACAAGUCCCGGGAGACGCCCCUCUACAAAGCCUGUGAGAGGAAGAACGCGGAGGCCGUGCGGAUCCUGGUGCAGCACAACGCGGACACCAACCACCGUUGCAACCGGGGCUGGACGGCUCUGCACGAGUCCGUCUCUCGCAAUGACCUGGAGGUCAUGGAGAUCCUGGUGGGCGGAGGGGCCAAGGUGGAGUCCAAGAACGCCUAUGGCAUCACCCCCUUGUUCGUGGCCGCGCAGAGCGGGCAGCUGGACGCCCUGAGGUUCCUGGCCAAGCACGGUGCCGACAUCAACACGCAGGCCAGCGACAGCGCGUCGGCCCUCUACGAGGCCUGCAAGAACGAGCACGAGGAGGUGGUGGAGUUCCUGCUGUCCCAGGGCGCCGACGCCAACAGGGCCAACAAGGAUGGCUUGCUGCCGCUGCACAUGGCCUCCAAAAAGGGCAAUUACAGGAUCGUGCAGAUGCUGCUGCCGGUGACGAGCCGCACGCGCGUUCGCAGGAGCGGCAUCAGCCCGCUGCACCUGGCGGCCGAGCGCAACCACGACGCGGUGCUGGAGGCGCUGCUGGCCGCGCGCUUCGACGUGAACGCGCUGCUGGCGCCCGAGCGCGCGCGCCUCUACGAGGACCGGCGCACCUCGGCGCUCUACUUCGCAGUGGUCAACAACAACGUGUACGCCACCGAGCUGCUGCUGCUCGCCGGCGCCGACCCCAACCGCGACGUGAUCAGCCCGCUGCUCGUGGCCAUCCGCCACGGCUGCCUGCGCACCAUGCAGCUGCUCCUGGACCACGGCGCCAACAUCGACGCCUACAUCGCCACGCACCCCACCGCCUUCCCCGCCACCAUCAUGUUCGCCAUGAAGUGCCUGUCGCUGCUCAAGUACCUCAUGGACCUGGGCUGCGACGGCGAGCCCUGCUUCUCGUGCCUGUACGGCAACGGCCCGCACCCGCCCGCGCCGCCGCCCUCCAGCAGGUUCAACGACGUCCCCGCCGGCGACAAGGCGCCCGGCGCGGUCCAGUUCUGCGAGUUCCUGUCUGCACCCGAGGUGAGCCGCUGGGCGGGGCCCAUCAUCGAUGUGCUGCUGGACUACGUGGGCAACGUGCAGCUGUGCUCACGGCUCAAGGAGCACAUCGACAGCUACGAGGACUGGGCCGUGAUCAAGGAGAAGGCAGAGCCUCCAAGGCCCCUGGCCCACCUGUGCCGGCUGCGGGUCCGCAAGGCCAUCGGGAAAUACCGCAUCAAGCUCCUGGACACGCUGCCGCUCCCGGGCAGGCUGAUCAGAUACCUGAAGUACGAGAACACCCAGUGACCGGGCCUGGGGCAGCUGGGCGGCCCCUCGGACUGUUCCUACGACGUCUCGGCGUGGCUGUGGCCCCAGACCCGAGGGGCCUGGCCAGUGACAGGAGGCUGCAGGUUGCCUCCCUCUCAGCUGGGGCGGCCACCAUGGUCUCGCAGGGGCUCUGGGCCAGAGCGGAGAAUACAAAGUGUCCAGUAGAAGAACCGGGUGCUUUCCAGCUGCCGAGUCCUCCCCGGCCUGCCCUGCCAUGGGGCUCCCGGGGGCAGCACUAGAGGUGGUCCCGACUGGAGAAGGCGGGCCAGCAGGGAUCCCCCGGCCUCUGACCUGGGAUGCGGAAGGACUUUGAGAGGCCGACGGACCUUCCUGCCCUGGGCAAGGCUCCACUUGACUUUGAGGUUUCUCUCCGAAGAUGUGGCCCAGGGCUGGGCUAAGGAGACCCCUGGGUCUGGGUUGGGGGGUUUGUUGAGUACAAUAAACAGCACACACACAU